CGAAAUCGUGGAGACCCCUCUCCCUCUCUGUACUGUACAAACAUACUGUCCUACGCUCGCCCAGCUUUCGCCUUCGCAGUAACGACAGAGCGCCCACCAUGUAUCGCACACGCAUUUCCUCACUGGCCGUAAGGGCAGCGCCUCGAAAAAACACGCUCUUCCGCCGAUGUGUCAGAUAUCUCGCAGUAAGUAUUCCGCUUGCAACCUCCUGGUCGGCCGAGGAAGCUGUCUCUCACCUGUCGCUCGCCCUACGAGACAGAGCCCUCAACAACCGCAAAACCAACCAACGCCUCGGCAACAAGGAACAAUCCGUUCCCCGCCCCAACAGGUCCAGACAGCUUGGCGUUCCCGGCGACGAAGGCCUUUGAAAACGAACAUAGUGUGACGGGUGAGGCGGACGACCUUGCUGCCGAUUUGCGAUACCAGAACUUGACGCAGUCGCAUAUGGGCUUGGCGCAUGAGCCGUUUCCGAAGCAUGUUACGGACAUAUUGUUGCGGGAUAUUCCGAAAGAGGAUAUUGAAGUGAAACCUGAUGGCAUCCUCUAUCUCCCUGAAAUUAAAUACCGCAGAAUCCUGAACGAAGCAUUCGGACCCGGUGGAUGGGGUCUUAUUCCGAGAGGGCCGCACACCAUCAGCAUGAAAACCAUCUCUCGCGAGUACGCUUUGUUCUGCGACGGACGAUUCAUCUCCCAAGCACGUGGAGAACAAACCUACUUCUCUGAGGACGGGUUGGCAACAGCAACCGAAGGCUGCAAAUCGAACGCGUUGAUGAGAUGCUGCAAGGAUCUGGGUAUCGCGAGCGAGUUGUGGGAUCCGGUGUUUGUGCAGGAGUUCAAAGCGAAAGAAGCCGUGCAGAAGAUGACGGUGAAUACGUUCAAUGGCACGAGGAAGUUGCUGUGGAGGAGGAAAGACCGCAAGUUUGCGUAUCCGAUUGCGGAGGAUGAUGGACCGGGGGGUGCUCCGAAAAGCAACGGGUUUGGCAAUCAGAGCGCCGGUGCUGGUGCGAAGACGUGGGUCAAGAAGACCUGAGUGGAAGUCCGUAGCGUUGUCGGUCAUUCCGCGAUGCAUUUCAUUUUCGCGUCGUACUGUAAUGGCGACCCGAGCGGCGCUUUGUAGCUUAUUCAGUCUUACUGUAGCCAUGAUCAUUUCUGUCUCGGCAAUAGCGUUCCCUUGUGUACAUAUCACUAUAUCACGUAGUCAACUCCUUUAACAUACCAAUCUGUGGCACCCAGCAAUCGUUCAUUGAAAGGUAGAGUGAAAUGUCCG